AUGCGCAUCUGCGCAGCACAGCAAUGCCCAGCUGACCACUUCACGCAGGUCGGCCCCAUUGGCAACGCCUGGGUGGCUGGUUACACGUAUAGCUCCCUGGAUGGGCACAGCAACGCUGGCAAAACCGACAUCUUUCUGAUGAAGUUUCGAGCGCCCCGGUUGAGGUUGAGAGGCCCAGUGCAGCCAGGUAACAUGUCCAGCUGGCUACGUGCAAAAUCCCUCGCAGAGCAAUGGCACCUGCUGCGUGCUGUCCAGUACCCCAACUUCCAGCUGGACAACGUCAACGACGGCAUCCACCAGCAUCAACACCGCAACGUCAUCGACGAAGCCGUCAACCAGCAUCACCAGAACAAGAUCCACAACAGCAACCAGCAUAGCAUCAGUGACGACAGCAUCAGUCAGUGCAAGCGCGGAAGCAGCUCUACCGGCGCUACUGGCAUUGCCAGGGUUCCUCGGCUUAGUUUCAAAAGCACAUGGAUGCCGAGAGGACCAGAACACCGCCAGCACUUCGACUGGAUUGCCACUUGCAUGAGGCUGGUGGCUGCUGUGGUGCUGCCAUUGCUGACGGCGUGCCUUUGUGCCUCCCUGGGCAUCUGCUGUUAUCGCGCGAAGCUCCGCCAGCUUCGAGGUGCCGAAGCAGAGCCUCAAGUCCCAAAUCCGCUGCGGAUGCUGCCGAUGACUGCGGAAUGGCCACGGGGAAAAGUUCAGAAGCUUUCAGUGAGCGAGACGGCUUUUGAAUUGAGCGGUCGCCAGUUUCAAUUUCGACCAGGGCAAGUUCGACAUUUUACCUGGGAAGAUGGAACUGUCCAGACGGUGCAGAGCAUUCACAAGAACGUGGUGUGGUGGAGCACGCAGCAUCCCCAUCCUGCUUGGCAACGCUUCAGGCAGAUCCGGUGGGUUUGCACUCCAAAAUGCCAAGUCGAAAAUCACCACGACAUGGAGCUCACGGACUGGGAGGGUGAUGGCUACAGAUGCAAAUCGUGCUCGCGCCUCCGAGCUGCUGGAAAGCACUGGUACUGCCCGCAGCAUCAGGUGCACGUGUGCCCAGUUUGCGCAGAGCUGCCACCUGAGAUGCCCACGUUGGGGUUGGCAGCCACCUAUUUGGUGGACGUCUUUCCACCUGAGGCCCGCAGAGUGACCAGCGCUGAGAAUCCAACUUUCUACGAUAUUUGCCCAAAGUUGGCGCACGGGACGGCCGGUAUGGGUUACAACAGGACAUGUCCCAGAGAUGGAAGGCCCCACUGCAGCAUUGUGGACGCGUUGGAAGAUGCGUACAGUGGAAAGGUCACACACUUCGUUUCAUGGUGCUGGGCAUAUUCCUUGAACGAUGUCGUCAGUGCCAUUGAGCGAUGGGUACAAAAGUCCAAUGAAGAUGCACGGAACGUCUUCCUGUGGAUGCAGCCGACCUACGUGAGCGGCUACCUGAACGACCUCCGCGCAGAAAAGAACGCUGCAGCUGCGCCUGCUACAGGCGCCACGCAGCCUGGUGAUGUUCAAGCUGAUGAAGCUAUGAAAGCUGCUUCGGCUGCUGCAGGUGACAAACGCGUGUGCAUCACGCAGGAGAUACCAAUGAACAUCAUACUCCCCUGCGCGGCUGAGACCUUUUUCAAGGAAACUAUGUCAGCGGGCAGGAUCAAUGUGCUGACUGACGCCGUGGAUACUCUCAAUGUUCGGCAUGCCAGGGCGGGAUCCAAAAAGGACGAGGCAAGCAGAAGCCAAAGUGGUGCAGGAGCGGUGCUCUGUGUUCUCAGUUUGCUCUGCAGUCUGGGACAGGACUUGAUCAAAAGAAUCAUCCUCACCACCACGGGUUACGAUGCAGUGAAUCAUGCUGUGAAAUCGAAUGACUUGACGACUCCCCUCUACUCACCUGGCACCUCCAUCAGUGCUACAGUCCCAUGGCUGAGAGUGGAGGUCUUCAGCCCCAACCAUCCGCCCAAGAAGGGUCCAUCGCCAGCACAGUUGGAUCACUUCCAGGUGGAAGUUCAUGCAGAUCAACAGGAAUCUGGAGGAUGGAAGUUGGGCGGAAAGCCGUUGAUAUCCUGGGCUGACUGGGUUCAAAGGCAUCUCAUCAGCGGGACUGAGCUGUACAGAUUCCCUCGUGUGAUCCGAAGCUUGGACUUGGACACGGCUUUGUUGGAGCCUUGGCGAUGUAUGGCCUUGUUGCUUACACUCGGCCAGGGUUCCUCUCAUGCCCGUGCCUGGUACUG